UAUAUGCUUCUUGUCAUUUUUAAUAAACUACAUGAUCGAGUGUUAUCUUGUUAAAUCAAAUUCACCCCCAAUUCAGAUCAGAACGACUAAUCUCAACGUUUGCAACCAGAAUAUGCAUUUGAAUGCAGCUCGUGACUCACUGGUUUGUGGUCCUCUCUGAAACCUGUUUCUUUAAUUUUUCCUUUCAAAACAACUCUAGGCUUGUUGAUUAAAUUUCCUCUAUGACAUGUCCCCGCGACAAUAAUAUAUUGAAUUUAAUGUCAAACUGCGACGAGGAGGACCUGGUACCACAUGUUCUUUAGGCAUGGGAAGUGAAGUUAACUGGUUGUCUCUGAUAGUAGUGUUUGACUAGUUUUGUUUAGAAGCAAUAAUGUUGAGCUCAUAGGUUUUAAUCUGUACUUGUGGGACACAAAACUAAUUAUGUAAUAGAAAAUUUUGCCAACAGACAGUAUGUGAGUAUGCUCUGGUGCAAAGUAUGGUGAUCCAUGCUGCUGUCUUUUUUUAGGAAGAUUUGCUGCAGCUCCUAUCCCUUUCAUUACAUACAUGCUUACUUUGUAUUUUUGUUUGCACAUUCUGUUCGGAGACAUAAGACUGGAGACUGGAGGAGGAUAAAUAAACGUUACGUGAAAAUUAAAGAUUUUUCCCAUUUAAAUUUGAUUGCUACAAAAUUCAAAUAGAAGUUGAGAACGACGAGGUUCAAAAUUGAUUGAAAAAAUUGCUCCAUUGUUACUGUAACAAGCAAUGGUCCAAGAUUCAAAAUUUACUAACUGUCUAUGAUGGACAGCCAGUGUGGAUGUGUUAGGCUGUGUUGACCCAAAACACUCACGUUUUAUUGCUUUCUUUGACUGAAGCAACGUAUGCAUGAAUUUGAUGGAUCAUUGCUUUCUUUGACUGAAGCAACGUAUACAUGAAUUUGAUGGAUCAUUAAAUAUGACACACCCAACUUUAAGGUUUGACUGUAAAAUGCAUAUAGUGAUUGCCUGAUAGUAGCUGAGAUCAUCUAAAUGAAAUCACCCCCUUCCCAAACUUCACUAGAUACAUAUGUUGCUAAAAGGACUAUUGCGAAUAUUUGUGAAUGUUUUACCACAAUUGUGCGAAUAAGUAUUCAGUAUGAUUUUUGGUGUUUAAUUUUUUUGCCCCACCAAGUUAAAGUGACAUAAUAAUUAGUACUAAUACUCUUAUAAUAAAUCUGAUGUGAUAAUCUGAAGGCAGCAAUAGCUUGCUACGCUACGACUAGUUAAAACUACACUAAUUAUAUAAAAAUCAUUUACAAUAUGUCACACUUUUAGGAAAGUCGAAAGUCAUAAAUACUACUUUUGUUUUGCUUUGUUUGUCAUACUAUUACUUGGCACCAAGUUGAAUCAAGAAAUAAAGAUCUCUGGAAUUUAUGAUCCAACAUAUCUAAGUUGAAUCAAGAAAUAAAAACCUCUGAAAUAUUUGAUCCAACAUAUCAUAAUAUUGAUAUGAGUUUAUAUGAUCUUUGACGUAUCAUCAGUAUAUGAUAAUGAAAACUUUUUCCCAAAAAAAAAAAAAAAGUGUUUUCUCCGGAGAAAUUAAAAAGAAAAUAAUGACAAGUCAAGUGGAGCCCAGAAUCUUUAAAGUAACGUUUGAACUUUGAACGAAGAAAAUAUAAGAUAUUUUAUCACUUUUUGUUAGCUAAUUUAAUUUUGUCACAAGUAAUAUAGUCCAAAAUAUAGAUGAACCCACAGAAAGGUGGGAUGGUCAAUGUUGCCUUAUAUUUCUCCGCAAGCGGCGCCACUUAGGGGAAAACCAGAUCUAUAAGCUCAACUUCUCACAGGUCCCCAUCCAGUUAACUAGUUCAACACCUGUAACACCCCACCCCACUACACAGUCCCCAACACAUCACCCCUAUUAAAAUACACUAUUUCACUAUCAUUUUUUCUCCCUUUCAUUCUUGUUAUCUCCAAAAUAAGACCUUAGCUGCAGCUGCUGCAGACCCUCUAAAAGACUCCAAUGGAUCCCACCCUCAAAAAGCAACAUAAACCCACCCCUUUCUCCGCCACCAUCUCCACUACCAAACCCCACCCCCCACCAGAUCCCACCCUCCCUUCCCCCACUAUCCAAAACAUCUCUUCUCACUUCUCUAAGCUCUAUGCAAAUCACAAAAUCCUCAAAUCUGGACACAGACAUCCUCCUCCUGUUGACACUCAUCUACAGGCCAAAACUCUAGCUGCUUCCACUGCUUUUGAUUCCUCAUGUUCUGCUUUGACCAAGUCAAAGAGCCAACAUGGGAGGAGAUAUGUUGCAGUAGGUGGGCACAAGGAUAUUGAUAAAGCUAUUGUCUUGCAAGAAGAAGGUGAAAUCAAGAAAGUACCCAACAAGGAGAAGGAGUUGAAGAAAGAGGUGGAUGUUAAAAGGGCAUUAGCCUUGUUAUCCAAGAGCCAAGAUAGUGACAAAAUGAGGGGGUUUCAGCAAAGGGGUGAUAAGAUCAUCAAAAGACCAUCUUUUUCCUUGUCGGUGAAUGGUGGUGGAAGGAGGAAAUCAUUCUGCUGUUCACAGACUGAGUUGGCUGAUUUCUUUUCUUGCAGUGGUGUGAAAGUUGUGUCUGUGGAUAUGCCACCCUUUAUGCAGAUUCAUGCUGUGGAUUUUGCAAGAAAGGCUCAUGAUAGCUUGGAAAAGUUCUCCUCUAAAUCACUUGGUUUUUCCCUCAAAAAGGAGUUUGAUGGGGUCUAUGGACCAGCAUGGCAUUGUAUAGUAGGGACCAGUUUUGGCUCUUUUGUCACACAUUCAGUAGGUGGUUUCAUUUAUUUCUCCAUGGAUCACAAGCUAUAUGUACUCCUGUUCAAGACUACUGUACAAAAAGCAGAAUUUAGUUGAAAUCUUGAGGUGAAAUUGAAAUUCCUUUUAACAUAGGGAAAUUUUUGGAAAAAAAGUUUGCUCUCUGUCUUUCUUAGUUUUGUCCAUUAACUUUGAUGAAAAAGUAAAUGGUAUUAGUAGUCCCAUAGACACUUCCCUCCUCCACUCUGGCCCCUCAAAAUCAGUACCCUAUCCCUUUAACUGUGCACCAUUAAACACCCUCCAAAGAGGCAGUGUAAAUCAUUUGGUACAUUUGGUCCUCUGGCUCAGAAAGUAGAUAAAUUAUUUAAUGGUGGUGUCCUUGAUGGAUUGAUUGACUCUUAAGAUUUGGGGUGCUGCUAUUUAAUGAUUUGGAAGAUACUGAUGAUAUCAUGUAGGUGUCUGACUUCACUUUCGUUUUCAUAUCUUGUUAGUACUGAAAAAGUUCUGAAAAGUUUCCACUUACCAAUGAAUGUGUUGGUACCCUUUGCGUGUUGAA